AUAUAUCUGAUUACCUGUCAAAGGCAUUGCUUCUCUGUUUUAAGCUGCAGGAUUCCAGGAUCGCAGUAGUCUCUUCAACAGCUACAGCCACCCUGCGUCAAUUAGUCAUGUUUAUCUUUGAAAAAAUGGUCAGUGACGAGGAUUGUCAAGAGAGCAACCGCACUCCAGAACUGUCUGAGGCAACGCUUCUGGACGGUAGCACCAAAGCGUUAGGGCCUUGGGCCAAAGAUGCAUUCUCUGUCUUCGAAGAUUCUGUCUCAUCGCAAAUUCAGAGAAACCCAAUUUCUUGAAGCUCGACCACCUACAUAAGACCUUCGCCCUUGCC